CAAUAUUAUUUUCUUCGGCAUCCUCCCAUGAUGAGGCCAUUCAGUUGGAAGUGUUUCGGCGUUGCUGUAUUCGAAAUCACCAUUUGGUUGUCCAGCAUAUCUACGUUUGGUCGAGGUACAGGCAAUCGUAGAUUAUCUGUAACUGCUUCAGCUUUUCUACAGCGCCGAAACUUCAGCCAGGCAUUCCAAUCGAAAGGCCUUGGCAGGCAAAUCACCAGCACCGGCACCAGCAAGUUGGUAAACACGUUCUUUCGGAACAAGAGUGCAAACGGAAGCAAAUUGUUUGGUACAAAAGAAGCCAUGGUGCCAACGCCCCCUGUUCCUCGUCGCGAAGAAGAGCGCGGUGCGUUUCAUCGUUGAUUGCCUUGCGAAAGAUUCGACCACCCUAAAUUUUUUUUAAAAAUUGAGUCGUUUUGUUUCUCACGAAAGUGGCAAACGGUUGCGACAACGAUCCUUUGCCCUAUCCUCUCUUUUCUUUUCUCGUUUUUCCCGCAGUCGUCCAUGCCGGUGUUGCACCGGAAGGAUGGGAUCCCGAGAUGCCCAGACAAGCCAACGAAUCUACCGAAAAACUGAUGGACCCACCCAUUCCCGUAAGCGAUCCGUACGGUUGGCUCCGUGACGACAAACGGGAGAGCAAGGAGGUGUUUCAACACCUGGAGGCGGAAAACCAUUACACGCAAGAAGUAACGAAGCACCUAAAAGGCUUGCAGGAGGAACUCUACCAAGAAUUCCUAUCGAGAAUCAAAGAAACGGAUUACACAACGCCCCGUCCCAGAGGCAACUACUGGUACUAUUCUCGAACGUUCGAAGGCAAGUCCUACACCCAGUAUUGCCGGGCCCCCAAAACAUCGGAAAAGUACGGCACCAUCGACUGGGAUGGGAGCAAAGAGUCGCCAAUUCUCCCGGGGGAAGAAGCAUAUUUGGAUGUGAACGAUUUGGGCAAAGACAAACCCUACUGCUCGAUCGGUGGUAUCAGCUCGAGCCCUUCCCUCAAGCUCAUUGCUUAUUCCGUAGACUACUCGGGAGACGAAAAGUACGAAAUGUAUGUCCGGAACCUUGAAACCGGGGAAGACACCCCGAUCAAGAUUCUCGGUGGAGAACAGGACGGCGAGCUCCUCGAAACGAGUGGGGAUCUGGCGUGGGGAAAGGACGAUUCGACCCUGUACUACAUGACCAUGGACGACCAGCACCGUCCGUACCGUCUCUACCAGAGAAAAGACUGGAACGGCACCGAGGCGACCGACACGCUCCUCAAGGAGGAAUCCGACGACCUGUAUUGGUGUGGCGUCGGCAAAUCCUUGGACGGGAACUACAUAUUUUUCGAAGCGGCGUCGAGCGAAACUUCCGAGAUUUGGUACCUCCCCACCAGCGAGGAGAAGACGACCUCGGAGAUGCGGUGCAUCGCCCCCCGGCGGAACAAGGUCCUCUAUGAGGUCGACCACGGCCACGGCAACUGGUGGAUCUGGACGAACGUCGACGAAUCCCCCAACAUGAAGCUGAUGAAGGCCCCCGCGAGGGCCAACUGUGCGGACGACUGGAAGCUGGUGGAGGACGCGGACGGGAAGACGCUGUUCGACGGCAGCCUUUCGAGGUCGCUCGACUCGGUGACCGUUCUGGGGUCCCACGUGGUGGUCCAGGGACGGGAAGGUGGCAUCCCGCGCAUCUGGGUCCACGCCACCGACACCAAAUCCGUCGAGCGACUCGAAUUCGGGGAGGCCGCCCACGACGUUUGCCUCGGAGCGCACUACGAGUUCGAUGCAAACAGCAUCGCCGUCCACUACGACUCCCUGCUGACUCCGCCGCAGAGCCUGGAGAUUUCCCUGGACAAGGAAUCGGGUGGCGAACGAACCGUCCUGAAGUCCAAGACGGUGCCGGGCUACGAGAAAGACUCCUACGGCUGCGAUCGACUGGAGGUGCUUUCGAGGGACGGAACGACCAAGAUCCCCAUUAGCGUCGUGUACCGAAAGAGCACCAUGGAGAAGGUCGAGAACGGCGAGCGGGUUCCCGUCCACCUGUACGGAUACGGCUCCUAUGGGUCUUGCUGCGAGGCCGACUUUGACUCGACCCGGCUUCCCCUGCUGGAACGGGGCAUGAUCUACGUCAUUGCACACAUCCGCGGGGGCGGAGAGAUGGGCCGGCAGUGGUACGAAGAGCCGAAUGGGGCCAAGUACCUCUGCAAGAAGAACACCUUCAACGACUUUGUGGACGUCGCCAGGUUCCUGGUGUCCGGCUGGACCACGCCCGACCUUCUCUCGAUCGAGGGACGGUCCGCCGGGGGCAUGCUGGUGGGAUCCUCGAUCAACCAGGCGCCGGAGCUCUUCAGGGUCGCCAUCCUGGGCGUCCCCUUUGUGGACGUGGUGGCGACGAUGACGGACUCGACCAUCCCGCUGACCUCGGGCGAGUGGGUCGAGUGGGGGAACCCCAACGAGGAGAAGUACUUUGACUACAUGAUGGAGUACAGCCCCAUGAACUCGGUCCGGUCCGGCGCCAGGUACCCCAGCUGCUGGCUGACGGGCGGCCUCCACGACCCGCGGGUCGCCUACUGGGAGCCCGCCAAGUUCGCGGCGACCCUCCGGCACGCGAACCCCGGGAGCGAGCACCCGGUGUGCCUGAAGAUGGACCUCAGCGCCGGCCACUUUUCCGCGUCCGAUCGCUACAAGUACCUCCGGGAGCUCGCCAUCGACUACUCCUUCCUCCUGGACCAGCUGGGGCUGGUGGGGGGCGAGGCCUAGCAGCGGGGUCCGCCCGCAGCGGGAAAUCGGGUCGUUCGAAACGAAACAAAGAUAUAGUAAUAAUAAUGCUGCUGCUACAACCGUACUUCGUAACAUUCUAAAAAAUAAUGAUGAUGCGGCACA